CUUCUGUCAAAUUCAUCAAUCGUACGAUUCACAACUUUUCUUUCUCUGCACACCUCUUCUCUGCCAUCCCUAUCGCUGUCUAUCCGCGGCAAUGGGUGUUCUCCACGUUGUCGAGGACCGGCCGACUCCCAAGUCUGUUUACAACUGGCGAGUCUACGCCCUCGCCCUCGUCGCAUCAUGCGGUUCCAACAUGAUCGGGUACACCAGUGCCUUCAUUGGUACGACCAUCACGCUGCCCUCAUUUGAGAGGGAAUUCGGUUUCGACACAAUGUCAGACGAUCAUGUCGACUUGAUCAGCGAAAACAUCGUCUCUCUCUUCAUUGCCGGUGCCUUCUUCGGAGCGCUCUUCACCUACCCCAUUGGACACUACUGGGGACGUAAAUGGAGUUUGGUCAUUGCCGCUGCCAUCUUCAUCCUGGGCGCAGGUUUACAGGUGGGCUCGACCGGCUCUCGUGGUCUCGGAAUCAUGUACGGUGGUCGUGUGUUGACCGGACUCGGCACGGGCGUUGCCUCGAACAUCAUCCCGAUUUACCUAUCAGAACUGGCACCUCCGGCCAUCCGUGGACGACUCGUCGGUUUCUACGAACUUGGAUGGCAAGUGGGUGGCAUGGUUGGAUUCUGGAUCAACUAUGGCGUUGAAAAAACACUGGAUUCCACCCAUCAGCAAUGGAUUAUUCCAUUCGCUGUCCAAAUCGUUCCAGCGGGAAUGCUUUUGGUCGGUACUCUGUGGCUGCGGGAAUCUCCUCGCUGGCUAUUCCUCAAGGGCAAACGCCAGAAAGCCAUGGAGAACCUUUGCUGGAUCCGUCAGCUGGAGCAGACCGAUAUCUACAUCGCCGAAGAAGUGGCAGCAAUCGAUCAGGUCCAUGAGACCCAGGUCGCCACCGUCGGAGUGGGCUUCUGGAAGCCUUUCCAGUCCCUCGCCUCGCGUCCCCCGAUGAUGUACCGCCUGUUCUUGGGCUGCAUGCUUUUCUUCUGGCAGAAUGGAUCCGGAAUCAACGCAAUCAACUACUACAGCCCGACUAUCUUCAAGAGCAUUGGUGUUGCCACUGAGACCGUUAACCUGACCACGGGCAUCUUCGGUGUCGUUAAAGCCGUGAUGACCUUUGUCUGGCUCUUGUUCUUAGUCGACCAGCUAGGACGGCGGAUGUUGCUUUUGAUCGGUGCCGUUGCUGGAUCGAUCUGCAUGUUUAUCAUUGGCGCCUACAUCUGUGCCGUGAAGCCCGAGGACAAUCCUACCGACACCCUCAACAGCGGCGGAAUUGCGUGCAUCUUCUUCUUCUACCUCUGGACUGCCGUCUACACUCCGUCAUGGAAUGGUACCCCUUGGUUGAUCAACUCCGAAUUCUUUGACCCCAACCUCCGUUCGUUGUGUCAAGCCGCCACUACUGCCAGCAACUGGCUCUUCAACUUCCUGAUUGCUCGGUUCACCAAGCAGAUGUUUGCCACCAUGCAUUUCGGCGUCUACUUCUUCUUCGGAGCUCUGUCCUUCCUCGCCUUCUUCUUCGCCUUCUUCCUCAUUCCCGAGACCAGUGGUAUCCCGCUGGAGCAGGUUGAUCGUCUCUUCAAGAUCAAGCCCAUCUGGAAUGCGCACAAACAACUGAAGGCUGAGUUGAAGGAGGAUGAGGAGAGAUUCCGCUUUGACCUGAAAGAGGGCUCCUAUGAGAAGGAACGCCAGGAGCACCUCGAGAACAGCAGCGCAUAA